GAUGAAUGUCUGGAGGCUGUCGAAGUCUUCGCUUGCGGAACCGCUUGCGCCGCACGAGAUGAAGGACUGAAGGGGCUCUCGGGAGCAGCUGCGCGACUGACAAAUGGUACCCUUCACUCGUAGGAUAUCAGGACGAGGAUGGCUUCGUGACUUGAUCUGGCGCGCGGUCAGAAGUACGACUUAAUGGUGGGAACAGCAGGAGGUGCAGCAGUCCAACGUCCAUGACCGUGUUCACGAUCUGAUGCGCUCGUCGAAGGUCAGAGGUCGGCGGACCAAUGAGGAGCGCGGCUGCCAGCGCCAGUCUUCAGCCUGUUCUGGGUUCGUCCCCCAUGACUUGGUCAACCACUCUCCUGGCAACACAUCUCAUCUGACCGUUCGUUGUAUUACUAUACAUUCAUUCCUUCUCCUUUCAUCUCUGCAUCUUAUCUUCUCGAUCUCUCUCAAGAGCCCCAUUAUUGUCGCUGGCAUAUUCGUGGUCUACCAUACCUACUACUCACGGUCAUUGCGACGACGUCACACUCUCCUCGAAUGAGGUGCCGAGGCUACGUUACCACAACUUGAAGGCCAGGACACCUCUCCGUUUCUGCCGCUGCUUCCACAGCGCGUCCACAAGCAGACGUGUUUUGGUCCAUUCAUGCCGCGCAGCGGUCCAAGUCUAGACACUGACGAGCGUUCUCCGCUCAUUCGAGCCGUCAACACGGCGCGCAACAGCGACAUCGAAGGGCGGCCUCUGGUGGAGGAAGAGGAAUCGUCCUCGUCACCGGGGUCUGAGCGCGAAGAGCGGUUCUUUCAAGGCGAACGACCACCCUCUGAAACUAUCGGCCUCAAUGACUCGACCUUAGAGAACAAAUCCUCGUGGUAUUUGAUCCUGCUUACGCUAUCAAUUGGCGGACUUCAGAUUGUCUGGUCUGUGGAACUGUCCAAUGGAUCGCCCUACUUGUUGUCGCUCGGAAUGAGCAAGGCUCUGGUUGCCUUUGUGUGGCUUGCUGGGCCUCUCACCGGCACUCUUGUCCAACCGUACAUUGGGAUCCGGAGUGAUCGAUGUCGCAUCUCAUGGGGAAAGCGAAAGCCGUUCAUGAUUGCGGGUACUUUGGGCACGGUCGCGUCGUCCAUGACACUGGCCUAUGCACGCGACAUCAUCCGAGUCAUUGGUCGGCUGGGGGUUGAUGCACCAUAUGAAGGCGGAUACCAGACUGCAACGAUCAUUCUCGCCACGAUUAUGAUGUGGUGUCUUGACUUCUCCAUCAACACUGUCCAAGCGGCAAUUCGUGCAUUUAUCGUUGACAAUGCACCAUCUCAUCAACAGGAGUCGGCCAACGCGUGGGCGUCUCGAAUGACUGGCGUUGGAAAUGUGCUCGGUUACGUCUUUGGAUAUCUCAACCUCCCUCGAUAUUUCCAUUUUUUUGGAAACACCCAAUUCAAGGUCCUCGUUGUCAUUGCAUCAAUCGCGCUCAGCUCGACGGUUCUGGUUAGUGCUCUGGCUAUAAAAGAACGCAACCCGCAACUCGAAGCCCCAUCUCGGGUGGACGAAUCCGGUGGCCUGCUAGCCUUCUUCAAGCAGGUCUUCGUGUCCAUAAAACGCUUGCCGCCGCAGAUCCGGCAAGUGUGCGAGAUACAGUUCUUCCACUGGAUGGGAUGGUUUCCCUUUCUGUUCUACAUCACUACCUAUAUUGGGCAGCUCUAUGUUGACCCUUACCUGAAACCAGGGCUCUCGGACGAUGAAGUGGAGAAGCUAUGGGGCAAGGCCACGCGGAUUGGCACGUUUGCACUGUUGAUCUACGCGAUCACCUCGUUCGUCUCCAACAUCAUUCUACCGUUCUUGGUUGUUUCCACCUACAAAGCGCAGCCUGUAGAGGAAGUGGAAGACUUCGAUCGUCCCAUAACGCCGCCUUCUUCGAGACCCGGGAUGAGACCGAGGAGCUAUUCAUGGGGCGACAAUCCUUAUAGCGGAUCGCAAAGCACCCUCACAUUUCCUCAAUCGCCCGAAGAAGCUCGGGUUCGCCGGGCUCUCGGCCAGGAUCAUCCUGGUUUCAUAGAGAAGUUUUUGACCAAGCUUCAGAUCCCGGGACUGACCCUUCGGCGUGCAUGGCUGCUCUCUCAACUACUAUUUUCGCUGUGUACCUUUAGCACUAUUUUCAUCACUACACCUCUAGCCGCCACGAUCAUGACGGCACUGGUCGGAAUAUCCUGGUCUUUGACCUUGUGGGCCCCUUUUGCAUUGAUUUCGGCGGAGAUAUCCAAACGCGACGAAUUGCGCCGCAAGAAACAGCGGCAGCGGCUGAUCAACGGGGAUGAUGACUCGGGAGAUGACAUGAAGGAGGAGGAGGAAGAUCAAGCCGGCAUCAUUCUAGGCCUACACAAUGUUGCCAUUAGUGCACCUCAGAUAUUGGCGACCUUGAUCAGCAGUGUUGUCUUCAAAUUCCUGCAGAAGCCAAGAAAUGAACCUGGAGAUGUGAGCGUGGGGUGGACAUUGAGAAUCGGCGGGAUGGCCACGCUGAUAGCGGCGUUUAUCACAUGGCGGAUGAAGGAACCCGGGAGCGAAGAGGAUGCGGAAUGAUCUCCACAAGAUCCGUACGCCAUGAUCGGCGCUCUUUACUUUCUGGGUAUAUGGACUUCCAGCCGAUACAGCAGAGGAAACGGAACCGAUUGCUCAUAGACACACUUUAUACUAGCCGCCGGGAAACGGGAGCUGUACAAUACUGUUAUGAACAAACGCAUGCAUUCUUGGACUCUUGGAGGAUCCCUGUAGUUCGUCGCAUAUUUCAAAUUGUUACCGGCUAUCGGCUUCUUCGAUCUCCAGAUCCUGCCCUGGUUCUGUUCGGUUUAUUCGUCCAUCUCAUUGACGCCCGUAGUUGGAGCGGUUGACUGUAGGAGCCGAAGAGCAGCCGG